AUGUCGGUGAACCGAUCAUCUUCCCCUGCGAACGACGAUACAAGAAAUUCCAAAUCAACGGAGAGUCUACCAUCUGUGUCAGAACAAGACGUAAUUGAUCAGCGACUGAAAUAUCUCAAAGAAGAGGUCCUUCCUUUUUAUCCCUUUCUUCUCACCGUUCCAACCGAUGUGCCUUUUCGCCUUGGGGGUCGGUUUGUCAACAAUUGGGCAGUGGGGAAGGACGGUCCCUUUACUGCGGAGGAGCAGCAACUUCAAUACAUGACGUUUUUAACACAUCACGAGGGGGACUCUUUACUCGUGGCUGUAGGAGAUUGGUCUGAUGGAGCAGGGAAUAUCAUGACCGAUGAGCGUUCAGGGCCCCAGAGUGCCGGAAGCACACCGUCCAAUGGAUCAUUCAAGAAGAAGAUUAGCCUGAAUGAUUACAAGAAUAAGAGAAAAGGCGGUGCUUCACCUUCUCCCACUAGCCAAGACACAUCCACGCUCCAUGUGCCUAGUGAGAAGCCACGACAUUCCAAAGCGAGCCCUACAGAGAAUCCUACGCCAAGACCUAUGAAUAAUGCCUCUUCGUCCUCCAAAAACAGUAUUGGACCUACACCAGAGAGUUCAGCGCGCAAACGUGCGCCUGAAAAUGAACACGACCUUUCAAGGUUCCAGGAAGGGAAGUCUACUUUAACUAUGUCUUCCCCAAAGAGGGCCCGGGUAUCCCCCGAGGGAAUAGGAAUGAGAGACACUGUACGCUCCAAAGCAAAUGGUCUGCCUACUCUUCUGUCUCCAACCCUACCACCGACUUCUAGCAGCCCCAGAUUACCUCGACUUCUGUCACCCACUCUUCCACCAGAUAUUGAAAAAGAGCUUUCAACGAUCUAUGGUGACUCUCCAAGGAUAAAAGGCUCAAUCUCAAUCGUGGCGAAGAAUGAUAUCUCAAAGGAAAAAUCCACCGAUCGCGACAGGCUGCAUCUAGAUUCCGCACGUGGCUCCAGUCCUCAGAGCUUGCUUAAUAAACCCUUGGUCACUGCAACUGAUAGGAACGUUUCAUCUGUCCUCGGGUCUAUAGGUUCUGAACCUGGUGAAAUUAUAAAAACUAACAUACCACCUCCGGUAUCUGACAAGCAGUCACAGCAUGUGUCAUCUAGCGUGACACUGAAAAAUCACAUGCCAACCUCCAACCAUAGGAAACCUCAGCGUGCUGAUUCGGUUAAAACAGAACUGGUUGUCAAAUUAAGAUAUGGAAGGUCGAAUAGGAAGCGCGUCGAGGCUCUUCUUAAAUUCUCUGGCAAGAGGAAAGGGGUCACAUCAAGCUCGCCUCUGAAGGAACCGAGCGAUUACGGAUCUGUGCGAGACAAGAGGGAGGACCAGGUUUAUUCAGAGAAAAGGGCGAAGCAAGUGUCAAGUGACGGCUCAAAAACUUUGCCAAGGGAACGCUUAAAUGAGUUGAAAGUCACGGGCUUAGAAAAACCCCAAACUCCAGUAUCUUCGACUGCAAGCCUUGCACCGAGUCAGCAGGACAAGGCAAAACUGGCAUCUGUCACCCCCACAAAAGAUCUCAAGGGGUCUUGUCCACGCCAGAGUGAAUCGACGGAUAUUGAUGGGAAGACACCGAUUCAACGAGUGACAAAAUACCCUCCAGGAGAAUCGGUCACAGAUAACAAGCUAUCGCCAUCACAGCCCACUAGUACUGUCAACAGAUCGCGCAAUUGUGAACGUCGAGCUUGGAAAGAAGAAUUCCAGAAGUAUUCAAACCUUGGCCGGGAGUUGAAACACGCGGCAGAGCGAUACACAGCCAAAGACGGCGCAACCUCUGCCGAUGAAAAGCUUGCAGCUGCUACUGCAAUCGAGGCUAUUCUAUGUUUCGUCAUAGCGUUUGUUGCCGAUGAUCAAUAUAAAGCUUUAGGCCGUCAGACCGGUGACUCAUCGACUUGGCUUUCCAUCCUUCCAUACUGGCGCGUUGUAAAAAAGAACAGCACCCUCUACCCUCAUCUUCAUGGCCUUUGCCUGAUCCUAGGUGCUGUAUCCUAUGACGCCAUUCAUGCUCUUGAUCUCGAGCGCCUUGCGAUUAGCCCACUCCCAGGGGAGCAUACGGCCGUUCCCACACCAGGUAGCGAUGGAAAUGCAGUUAUCUCUGAUGAGAGCAAGAGGAACCGCAAAGAAUUUCUUGAUCUGAAGAAUCGGCUUCCGGAAUGCCACAAAGAAUCUCAAAAAUUAUGGCUUGAGGGAAUGCAAGGACUUUCAGAGGAUGUUCUCAUGCGUGAAUUUCCCAUUACUUGGUCAAACCGCUCUAGAAACUAUGCCGAGCGAGGGAGACAACGGCUCAAAGUUGGUGAUUAUUUUGGUGAGUACUUCUUGCCACUCGGCAGGACGAACACGCCCGUGGAAGUUGUGCGGUUCGGCUGGUCAACCUUGAACGAAUGGUGCUUGAAAGAAAAUGUGGAUUGGAAAGGUCGGCUUGGUCUAUAA